GGCCAUUCGGCUGCGCCUAGAAGAAGACUGUGGGCUCUCACAGAGCCAAGGCUGGUCUGGUCCUUUGAAAAGAUUGAAAAAACACCGGGCUUGGGAUGAGGGGGUUGGACGCUAGGACUUGAAGGGGGCGGGGAGAGAACGCGGAGGGAUUGUAAAGGGGCAGAAAGAGAACGCGGAGGGAUCAGAGGGGGCGGGGAUAAAGGCCGGGACCUGAAUUCCUAGUUAGGUGCACGCGAGGAGGAUGUGGGCUUUAAGGUGACAAGUGACAGCCAAAGAGGGUUAAUCAGGUCGUGGACUCAUUACACGGGGACUGGAUAUAUAUACAAGCGAGCCUGGGAGGAAGGAGGUGUCCGUGCGAUUCAUCCCAGGAGCCGCAGCUGCUGACCCCUGAACAGCAGAUUCCAGGGAACAUGGCUGAGGCACUCCAGGCCUCCAGCGUGCUUUCUUCACUGAGCUCCGAUGGGGCAGAAGUAGAGCUCACCUCCCCGGUGUGGCAGGAGAUUUACCUCUCUGGUCUGCGCUCCUGGAAGAGGCAUCUCUGGCGCGUCUGGAACGACUUUCUUACUGGCAUGGUCCCUGCGAGCCCCCUCAGCUGGCUUUUCCUCUUCAGUGCCAUCCAACUUGCCUGCUUCCUCCAGCUGGACCCUUCUCUAGGACUGAUGGAGAAGAUUAAAGAGUUGCUUCCAGACUGGGGUGGACAGCACUAUCAGCUCCGGGGACUCCUGGCAGCAGCACUGUUUGCCUCGUGUUUAUGGGGAGCCCUGAUUUUCACACUUCAUGUGGCGCUGAGGCUCCUUCUAUCCCACCAUGGCUGGCUUCUGGAACCUCAUGGUAGCAUGUCUUCACCCACGAAGACCUGGCUGGCACUUGUCCGAAUCUUCUCAGGGAGGCACCCAAGGCUGUUCAGCUUCCAACGUCCCACGUCCCCCCCGCGCCAGCCGGUGCCAACAGCACAAGAGUCCGUACGAAAGUACCUGGAGUCGGUGCGCCCUGUGCUUGGAGACGAUGCUUUCGACCACGCUGCGGCUCUGGCGAGCGACUUCCUGAAGCUGCAGGCACCACGGCUGCAGCUCUACCUGCGCCUCAAGUCAUGGUGUGCUUCCAACUAUGUGAGUGACUGGUGGGAAGAGUUUGUGUAUCUGCGCUCCAGAGGCUCACUGAUGGUUAACAGCACCUACUACAUGAUGGACUUCUUGUAUGUCACACCCACACCACUGCAAUCAGCGCGUGCAGGCAAUGCCGUCCAUGCCCUCCUCCUGUAUCGCCACCUUCUGAACCAGCAGGAGAUCCCACCGACACUGCUGAUGGGAAUGCGACCCUUGUGCUCUGCCCAGUUCGAGAAGAUAUUCAACACCACACGGGUUCCAGGGGUGGAAAAAGACUACCUCCGUCACCUCCAGGACAGCUGGCAUGUGGCUGUCUUCCACCGGGGCCGAUUCUUCCGUUUACAGACCCAUUCUUCCAAUGGCCUGCUGUCCCCACGGGCCCUAGAGCAGCAGUUCCAGGAGAUCCUGGAUGACCCCUCCCCAGCCUGUCCCCUUGAGGAACAUCUAGCAGCUCUGACUGCUGCUCCCAGGAGUAUGUGGGCCCAGGUUCGGGAGUCGGUGAAGACCCAUGCCGCCACAGCCCUGGAGGCUGUGGAAGGGGCCGCCUUCUUUGUGUCCCUCGAUUCUGAGCCUGCGGGACUGACCAGGGAGGACCCUGCAGCUUCCCUGGAUGCCUAUGCCCAUGCUCUGCUGGCUGGCCGAGGUCAUGACCGCUGGUUUGACAAAUCCUUCACUCUUAUCGUCUUCUCCAAUGGGAAGCUGGGUCUCAGCGUGGAGCACUCCUGGGCUGAUUGCCCUGUCUCAGGACAUAUGUGGGAGUUUACCCUGGCCACAGAAUGCUUCCAGUUGGGGUAUGCAGCAGAUGGCCACUGUAAGGGACAGCCUGACCCUGCACUGCCACGGCCCCAGCGCCUGCAGUGGGACCUUCCGGAGCAGAUUCAUCCAUCCAUCUCUCUGGCCCUGAGGGGAGCCGAGACCUUAUCUGGCAAUAUCGACUGCCAUGUCUUCCCCUUUUCCCACUUUGGCAAGAGCUUCAUCAAAUGUUGUCAUGUCUCGUCGGACAGUUUCAUCCAACUGGUUCUGCAGCUGGCCCACUUCCGGGACAGGGGUCAGUUCUGCCUGACUUAUGAGUCAGCCAUGACACGACUCUUCCUAGAAGGCAGGACGGAGACGGUGAGGUGUUGCACUAGAGAGGCCUGCCAGUUUGUGAGAGCCAUGGAAGACAAGAAGACAGACCAACAGUGCCUUGCCCUGUUCCGGGUGGCCGUGGACAAGCACCAGGCUCUGCUGAAGGCAGCGAUGAGUGGGCAGGGGAUCGACCGGCACCUCUUUGCACUCUACGUCACGUCCCGAUUCCUCCACAUGCCAUCGCCCUUCCUGACUCAGGUCCAGUCGCAGCAGUGGCCACUGUCCACCAGCCAGAUCCCGGUGCAACAGAUGCACCUGUUUGACGUCCACAAUUAUCCGGAUUAUGUUUCGGCUGGAGGUGGAUUUGGGCCUGCUAACGACCAUGGGUACGGCAUCUCCUAUAUCUUCAUGGGGGAAAACAUGAUCACCUUCCACAUCUCCAGCAAGAAAUCAAGCACAAAAACAGACUCGCGCCGGCUGGGGCAGCACAUUGAGGAUGCGCUGCUGGACAUAGCCUCCCUGUUCCAGGCCGGGCAACAUCUCAAGUGCCAGUUCAGGCGACUUGGGGAGAAAUCAGGAUAUAGACGUGGCUCUCUCUCCAGUAAGACUGUGGACCCCAAGGUCCCCACAACCUCCACCAACUUUUGAGCCCGUCAGUUGGGAGCUGGUCUCCCUCAGGAAGGAAUGCUCUGUUCCCAGGGCUACGCUGGCACAGACAGGGGUACCAGGGAUCCCCACACCCAUCUGGUAAUAAACAUACUUGAGUUGGGUGCCA